AUGCCAGAUCCCUUUUCGCCAAGAGGUAUCCCAGAUAUGGCUUUUGUCAAGUUAGUUGAGGAACGGCGGGCCCAGCUCAGUCUUGUUGCUGCAGACUGGCCAGAUUCACCUUGUUUAUUAGCAGACAUAGGGGAGUACUUAGUCCGGUCUGCGGUGAUAUUGUCGCAUCUGGCCAAAGACCUAGCCGAUGGCCAACAUAUAAAGGUCUACGCGACUCAAACGAUCAAUGACAUGAAAAACGAUACUGACUUUUCUGAUCUUGAUCCUCUGGAUUACUUUGAUUCUAAACAUUCAUCGUUAAAGGACCUGGCGUCGCAACUGGAAGAGAUGGCGAGUGAAAUUCGAUCACGGUGGGAACAAAGCCGAAAACCCCCAGAGCUCCCGACCCAUCACCAAAAACGCCCUUCCCGGUAUGGACAUAUAUCUGGGGCCAUGGGAGAUAUAAACGUGGUCUAUAAUCCAAUGGAUGAGCCUACAAAUCAUUCCCGUGAUGCCAGCCAGUCGGAAACCGGGGCUGUCUCACAUGGAACACACAACCCAGGAGGGAGAGCCCAAUCUCCUACCGUCGAUGAUGGUAUCAACGACACCAUCCAAGAUCUUUUAAAGUCGUCGCAUCUGGAGAAGCACCAAAAGUUGUAUAAGUGUGAGCUGCCUGGGUGCAAAAACCACAAAGGGUUCGCGAGGAAGGAUCAGCUCCAACGGCAUCAGGAAAAUGUCGCACAUAAUACCACCAAAGUUCAACAAGAAAUAAAUAUUCAAUGCGACAUAAAUAUGCUCUGCUUUAUUUUACCUACCACCAUGGGGUUCCGCGACUACGGACGAGUUGAUGCCUUCUUGGCUCUGCUUGUUGGGGGAUCGCGUGCUCGGAAAGAUGUUUCCGUGAGAAGACUGCAGACACGGGGGAAACCGAAGCUCCACGGGAGUUGGAUGCCUGGUCAACUCAAGGGUCUUUUGGGGGUUCUGCGCUGGUGGUUUGAGAAAUGCAUUCGAGACCUUUAUCAGAUCAUAAACUUCCCAGUCAUGUUUCUGCUCCAAAUAACCUGGGCUGAGCUUCUAAAAUUGUGA